AUGGUAGACGUGUAUGGACUGGAGAGCGAGAAGGCGGGGAUGGGAGGCGCCUUCGCCCCCGACUCUCUCCUGCGCACGGGUGCGAAGGUUAUGCUCAGUGAAAAAGACUUGCGCACGCGAAAGGCUUUCGACUUCAAGGGAAUGCAGACAAUGCAAGUCCUCGAUCCAUCCCUCCUCGGUCGUAGUCUUCUCCAGAGAAUUCGACCCCUGCAGAUCACCGAUUGUGGCUCUCGGACGGCGAAUUUGAUUCCGCUGCCUUUUCCAGCGCUGAGUCACGCUAGCAGGCAGCAGCUUAUUCUCUCUGAUUCUCAAAUGGAAGGCCCAAAGGAAGCCACAGAGGGUGCUAUCGACAGCCUCAUGUAUCUUCCUACUUGCAAUGACACCACCAUCCUGGAUUCGCUGCAGCAGCGUUUCGUUCGCGGUCACUUCUUUACCUCUUGUGACAACAUGUUGAUCUUCGUCAAUCCCUGGGAGGCGCAACGGUGCGCUGCAAACGAGAUUUUCAGCCACAGCAAGGCCGUUCAGUACUGGACAAAUCACAUUGCAGAGCUGCCAAGCCAUCCGUACCUCGUUGCAAGGCGCGCUUUCUCCAACGCGAAGAAACAGCAUCGAAACCAACUCGUUCUUACCUUCGGUGCCUCCGGAUGCGGACAAGACCGUGUGCAUCAUGAACUCGUGAAGCUCUUCGUUCGAUUCGCCUUCACGAUGGAAGACGUGUGGACCGAUGAGGAAGCUCGCACUGCCGAGGCUGCUCGAGAUGCAGCUGUCUCCCUCGUGGAGGCUUUGCACAUAAGCCACCGAGGCGAUCUGUACGGGGGCCGUCUCAUGGAUCUCUUUCAAGUAGAGUUUGACGCCGAUGGAGAUGUUGUUGGCUUCAAAUUCUUGCCAAACUCGUCAUCAGAGCCAAGCCAAGAAAUCAUCUCGUGGCAGAUGCGCCAAUCUCUGAAAUCAAUUCCUCUUCCCAGUCUCUUCUACCACCUCAUGUAUGCUAUCCACUUCAACCCGGACGAUCCGAUGUUGAAAAACAGCGGUCUGCACCCUGUAGAUGUCACGGAGCUGAUGCGCUACUUCCCUCCUCCCUCCGUAUUGUACGAGGACACACAUUACGAGAAAUGCAAGCAGCUCAUUCGUGACCUAGGGAGCAUCGGCUUAUCAAAGAAGCAGAUUACGGAGUGUUUGCGGCUUGUCAAUGCCAUCCUGGUUGCAGACGUAGCCAGCUACAAGAUUCAGAAUGAAACCUCGAAAGAAAACGAAGUGCAGGCAAGGGAGCAAGAACGCGCUACCCCCACAGCUCCAAGGGUGUGUCGCAUCCUCAAGAAGGAGGAACGGAAGGUUGAGCAGACACUUGUUCUGGCAAACCUCUUGGGGGUGGACGAGACUGUCCUUCGAGACAUUUUCUUAGGGGCCGACUCAUGGCAAAUUCGAUUUCUUGCUCUAAAGCUCUUUGUGCGUCUUCGCUGGUGGCUCCUUGGGAUGAUUAGCCAAACCCUUCGGCUCUCCAAGGGAACUUCAGUGCACAGUCGCAUCACAUUGCUUAAGGCCGCCGGUAUAGACUUCAGACACAUUGGUCAAGAAUGGGCUCUGAACCAGCUGCUGCACAAUUACACAGAAGAAUAUUUCCUUUAUUUGUUUUCCACAUCGGCCUUUACGCUGGAUCAAGCUACCUACCUGCUGGAGGACGUAAAGCCACCACCGACGACCUUCAUCUUGAAUGAUAAAGUUCUGGACGUUUUUGCUGGGCCUGAAGGCAUCUGGCAAAUUCUGCGGGAAGAGCAGGCAUCUUGGGGGGGAGAAGCAGCUAACGAGCUUUCUCAGAAUGUUCCCUUAGCUGCCCUCGCCUUCGUGGACAGGAUACUGAGGAUCAAGAGCGACUCAGACAAGAUCAGAAAAGUUCCUGGAUACAGGCCGCCCUCAGCAGACGUCUUUAAGCCAAAGAUCGCUUUUAGGGUAGUGAAGGCAGCAGGGAAAAACAACGGUCCAACGGUUCUAGGGAAGAAUCCUCAACAGGGGACGAGUGCGCCUCAGCAAACAGACCCAGUUCAGUGCCAGUUCAUUGUGGUACAUACCCACGGCUCUGUUAUGUACGACGCGACAAAAUUCUGCAUCAGCGAUGCCAAUGCAUACACCGUCCCUUCGCGCCUUCGCAACUUGCUGCUGGCGAGCAAGUUGGAACUGGUUCGCUCGCUUGUCUACAGCGAGGCUGCCCAAGACGUGAUUCCGCCAGACUGCUCGCGCGUCAGCUUUGCAGAUCGGCUUAUUCAAUACGUCAAGGAUAGCCUUUCGGAGGGAACGGCAAGCCUUCACGCACCUGCCGCCGCCCCCCUCCGACUCUUUUCUAACGUUCCCCCUAUCGCUUUUGGAGUAUCCGAAAAGGGGCAAAAUUCGAACUUCCACCUGGAUCGCUGGAGGCAAACAGCUCAAAGAGACCACGACUUCGAAGAGACAGACCAACAAGGCAUGCAAAAGGAGCUAGCGAGGGGCUUAGUUCACGAGCCUCUCGUGCCUUCCCGCAUAGUUGCCCUCAUGGAGAAUGAGACCAAACAAGCGAAUCGUGCUUCCAGCGGGCUGCCAUCAACCAGUGCUCCCUACAAAUCUGAGCCUGAGAGAUUUUUUCCAUUCGGUGUGGCUUGCCCUUGCGUUGUAUUUCGCAGGAGAAUAGACUACCUGGAGCGUUUGGUUCCGGCUGUUACCCGCAUGCAGCGCAUGUGGCGUACAGUCCGUGAACGCGCAUUUGUUGCAGACAUGCGUUGGCUAUGCAUCCGUGUCCAGAGCCAUAUACGGCGUAUUCGUUUGCUUCAAGAGCUAGCGAAACUUAAAUCCACUAAAGAUUUCUUCUUUGGAGCAGUCAUCCUGGCGGGCUUUGCAUAUGCCUUCCGCCGACUUGGUCUCAGCGACGAGGUCGUUCGUUCCAUCGAAAUGAACUGGAGGGAGAGGCGCAAAUUCCAGGAGCUCCGGGGGCUCACAAUGGCAUUUCUUUCGAUUCAGCGAAAGGGGGAAAAGCUGUACAGCAUGCGCGUCAUGUUGAACUACCGACCAAUCAUUCGGCGGACCACUGUGAUGCGGGAUAUGAUUUUAUUUCAGAUGGAUCCUUCAGUUGUGCGCAUCCAGAGCUUCUUUAGAAUGGCUGUCAUCAGACAGCAGUACCUUCGCUUGCGGAAUGCAGCGCUGCUAUGUCAAGCGGGGAUCUUAACAAGGCUACGUCGCGGCGACUUUCUCUUGACAAAAAGAAGAGUCGUGAAGCUGCAGCGCUGGUGGCGGUCGAUGCGACUGCUGCGUGGCAUGGAUAUCGAAGUGGGGUUGCCUCCUCCCGUGCGACUGCCUGGAAAAGCUGACUCCGUGGUUAGAAGACGCGAACUCGUUGCUUUCGAACUUCUACGCCCUCAUUUCCUGAUGGUUCAGGGCAUGCUCAGAUUCGAGAGAACGCGGCAGGAUGCGCAUUGCGCUUACCCUUUUCGGUUGCAUGCGAAUUCAGACUGCCGGGGAAUAUAUCCGCGUACGUGGGCCUUGCCUCUGCAGGAUCUGUUGACUCAGCUGGCUGCAAAGGCACGCCACCAGCAGCACAGUUACAUCUCCGAGGCUAUGCAGGUAGCAGCCGUGACGGUAAGGCUCAGCUCUUUGGAGGUUGGAGCCCAUGCGCAGUUUCAAGACAUAGCGAUCGGGGGGCAUCACAGCCUCGUCUUGUUAGGGGUUCGGCAGGCUGCGUCUGGGAACUUUGCUACGCGCGUUCGCAUGGUGGUUAAGGGUGGCGGUUGGCAAGACUUUAGUCUAGAGCCUAGAGUGUAUGCGUGGGGUUGGAGUGAUAAGGGGCAACUUGGUGCUCCGCAGCGUCCGGGGGAGCAGGGCAUGUCUUGCAUCGGACCACUGAAGUUUAUUGAUCGGGUAUUUAAGGACAGUGUGGAUCCUGCAACGGGGCACUUGGUGCAGAAUUUGAUCCACGAAGUCGACUAUACCCACACAGUAUGUACAGUUGCAGCUGGCUUGGAUCACUCCGUGGCGCUGACAAGCGAGGGCAUGGUCUUCGCGUGGGGAGACAACUCCGAAGGGCAGUGCGGCUUAGGCCACAGACUCUUGGCAGUCAGACAUCCGACGCUUAUCCCCACCAUCCGCAACAACGGCAUCAAGCUGAAGAGCAUUGCUGCAGGUCCAAGGCAGACGGGUGCCGUGUCUAUGGAUGGCAAGGCCCUUAUGUGGGGAGCAGCUCACUUUGUUCGCCUGCCAACGGUGGUGCCCGACUCGCAUUCAUACACUCCACGAGGGGUCCCCCUCGAUGCGAAAUACGAGGCCCUCCAGAUCUGCUGCUCUUCGGGAUUCAACAUCUUGCGAACGGCUGGCACCAGUGGAGUUCUUGGAUGGGGGCGCAACGAGAGCGGACAGCUUGGGCAGGGGCCUGAAGACAAGAAGUCUCGAGAUUUGCCGAUUUUCAUUCCGCUUCCUGCUACCCCAGCCCACUCGCAUGUGGUUUCGAAGGUUGUUGUGGGGACCAGCUUCGUAGUCGUGUCUCUGCAGCAGGCUUCCUCUUUUCUGUAUACAUGGGGAGCUCUCUACGUCGAAGAGGCGUCGGAAGCCGCAGCAAGCGGCGCUGGAGGCGUCGCAGGCGCUAAGAGGUCUCCUGGAGCGCAGGGUCAGAAAGCGACUCUGAAUCCGUUUCUGAGGCGUACGGGAGCAACAGCCGCGCAGCAGCAGCCUCAGCAAGCCAAGUCAAAGGCAGGCUCCUCCAAGGCAGCCGAAGUAAAAGCCGUUUGCAAGCCUACGCGCGUGGAGCAUCCUUUGUGGAAGGACGACGCGGUUAUCGACAUCAGUGCAACUGGAUCGGAGGUACUGACCACUACGAAUGUGUAUUCGGUCAGUCCACGGCACCGGAAACGCCGUUUCGCUGUCUUUCAGCUGGGCGAAGGCGGGGCCUCAAUAGAAGUACCCCCCAAAAUCAAAGAGAAGGCCCAGAAGAAACACAAAGAACUUAUGGACGAUUCCGCUCGUCUUCUCUCCAGCCCCCUGCUCUCACGAGAGGUAUUCCCCGUCGGCGCUCGUAUUUCGGGCAGUCCACCUUCACACAUGCCAGAUUGUUUUUGCAACCAGUCCCGUCAAAGUGCAAAACCAGCAGCGGAGACUUUAGUGCCUGAUGCGCGGUUGUUACAUCGCAUGCGUUCUAUUUAUGGUACCGGUAGUGCUAAGGGCCGCCUUGGCGCCUUUGGCUAUGACUAUGAGAACGAUGAAAGCUAA